UUUACUGACCUCCCACCAACGUUCUGUUGCUACUGCAGGUCUGCCAUGUUUCUGCUCUCGUCGUUGAUGGAAGUAGCAGCACAGAAAGCUCUUUUUUAAUAUUCGCAGCGACGAUUUGUGUAUCUAUCUCCACGAUGGUGGUUUAAGCAUUGUAUAGUGUUCUCGACAGACAUUAACCAUGUCUGCUAACGCACAAGGUUUUGACUUUGAUGAAUAUGACAAACCUGGUACCGAGCGGUUACGCAGGAAGAGAGGAGAUGACGAUUUGGGCAGUGACCUGGAAGAGGAAUUGUUGGAGGAAGAUUGGCUGUCUGGUAAAAAGAAUCCAUCUGAAAUGUCUGACGAGGAGCUGAACGACGACCUUCUUCAAAGUGAUGAUGAAGAACAACAACACACAAGUGUUCAGGAUAUAAGUUUUAAUGCCACCUACAGUUUGGGCACAUCCUAUGACCAUCAGGAGAACUUGCAGGAAGCAGAUGACGCAGUAGACCUAGGAGAAGAGGAUGUAGAGGACGGAUACCAGCAAGAGGGGGAAGAGGAGUUCACAGGGGAUUUCAUCCAGGACCAGGAUGGCUACCAGGAUGAAGUGCUUGACAUCGAAAUCAAUGAACCCCUAGAAAGUGAAUUUCCAGAUGAUUACCAGACUUCGUAUCGCGAUGGGCCACCAGAUAAACAUGGAGUGCAACAGAAUGUAACCCCUGAGGACGAGAAGGAAGCCUUGGGGGCAGGACAGCAGCCAGGAGAAAUGGAGGAAGGCUUUGCUAGCAACUCCCAAGUCUAUGACACGGAUGAACCUGAGAGUGAAGCAGUGCCUGAUGCAAAAGAGGAAUCAGAGGAAGAGGAUGAGGAGGACGAAGACUCUUGUCGCAGCCGCUUCAAAACUGAGCGGAAGUACAGUGGUGUUGUGCGGAUGAACGCGGGACCUGGCAAGAGAAGGGAUAUUCCUGAGACAUUAGAACUGUCCGAGAAAGCCAAGCAAGACCUAAUGGAGAUGGAGCGUCAGAAUCAAAAGAAUCGAUAUGGAGGUCGGGGUCAAGGUUACGGACAGGGACGCGGUGGGAGAGGAAGAGGUUUUCAUCAUGGUUACAGAAUGUCGGACUAUAGAGGAGGAUAUCGGGGGAGAAUGCAUGACCGGAUUCACCCUCUAAUGGGUGUGCAGAAGCAUUCCUCCCGAAUGGCUCAUCUGCAUCAACCUCAUCUGCAACAGCUUCAGUCCCAGCAGCACCAUCCAUCCCGGCCAAGAGGACCUCCUUUCCAAGAGCAUGGGCAUCCGCUGGCACAACAGCCCCCACAGCCGCUCAUUGCUCCGCGCAUGUCCCUCCGCUCACCACCGCUGAGACCACAAUUGGAGGGGCCACCACAGAUGAUGAGCCCCCCUCCACCCAAUUUCCCACACCACCAUCCCCAACCUCCACAACCAAAAAACAUUCACAUAAACCCCCACUUUCGAGGUCCAGCUCCACCCCCUGUUCAAGUGCCCUUGAUGCCUGCUCAGAGCCAGCCCAGACCUGCUGUGGGUCCUCAGAGGUUCCCUGGACUGGGAGACUUCCAUCAGCCCAUGCCAGGCAAUUUUAGUCAGCCCCAACGGCCGCCUCAUCACAUGGAGCCCUUUAGGAACCAGCCCCAUCUUGGCCCGCAGGACAGAGAGGGCCUCUUUAUUGGAGAGCAUCCCGAUUCCCCACUUUAUCCAGGGCAGCAUGCGUACGAUCACCACGGUUCCCUGAACAACAACAACAUCCAUCAGCAUCUUCCAGGCCCAGGACACAUGGGAUUCGGACCACCAGGACAAGCUUUUAAUCAGCAGGGUCAAGUCGUGCCAGGAAUGUUUGCAAGAGAACCACCAAGACCAAACUUGCCUCCUCACCAAAGUCACCAGGGUAUGAUGGGUGUGAAUCAACAAGGUCAACCUCGGCCUUUUAUGAGCCCUCGCCAACAAUUUGGCCAACAGGGAAAUGUCUUCCCUACUGCUCAAGGGUCUUUUGGGAUGCAGGUACGCCAUGUAAGACCGGUGAUGCAUGGCCCACCUGGAUCCCAACUUCUCCCUCAAGACUCCAUGCAGUCCCAUCCACCCAUGCCACAUCAGCAGCAUCACAGACAUGAGGUUCCUCAUCACCAUCAACAGCAACAGCUUAAUCAUAAUGAGUCUCAUCCUGCGAUGCAUCAUGGACAGAAUCUUUUCGAUCAACAGCAGACACAUAGUAGCCUGAGGCAGAUGACUCCCCGCCCACAGAAUCUCCAGCAGCGCAACAUGUCCAACAGGCAAAGGAUGAGCGCACCUGUAUCCAAGCAAAUGCAUCCUCAGCGCAACAGCAACCUACGGGAGCUCCCUGUAGCACCUGACAACACAAACAACGGCAGCGCCCGCCCCACUGCAUCCACCAAUGUCAGGCCUGUUGCCAAGGCAACACAAGGAAUGCGUCAGAACACUUGCCCAGCACCUGGUGGUGGCAGAGAAAAAGGCACAGUUUUUGCCAAGACUGCUGCACAGCCUGAGGGAGCAGUCAGGACCGUGGUGCAGAGCGAAUUCCCAAGUUCGCAAUCAAGCGCAGCAAGUCAGGACCCUGAAGAGGAUGAAGAGACCCGGCAAUACCGUCUGAAGAUCGAAGAGCAGAAACGACUGAGAGAAGAGAUCCUGAAAAAGAAAGAAAUGCGACGGCAAAUUCAGGCAGGCGUCAGGAAGAAGGAGUUGUUGGAAAGGAUGAACUCGCAAGCGCACGCAGCAACACAAGCCCCUAACCAGAACACGGCGCAACAGAACCUAUCACAAUCGCAUCCUGCACCACUACCACAGCAGCAAAGGCCCCAAUUCCAGACGCAACCACAGAGACAAUUUCCUCAGCGCACACAGCAACCAUCCAACCAAUCCGCACAUAACCUGUUCCAAGGCAAUCCCUUUCCUCCCAAUGGUUCUGCGCAGGUAAAUGCACCGCACCCGUACCACAAGGUCCGUCCGGAUGUUUUAAAGGGUAAUGGCCAGCCACAACAGACUUCCAAGCCUGGUCCCCCACAAUCACCCUGCCAACCAAAUCAGUCGCAGCAAGGAAGAAACUCGAGUGGCCUGUGGAGUCCAUCCAAACAACCAAACAACCAGACCCAGCCAACCAAUAUCCAACCAAGGAGCACACUUUCCAGUCCUGCAGGGGGCGCAGCACAGAAUCAAGAGCUUCAUGUUGGAACCAAAAGAACUGUAAUGCAGCGAGCAAAGGUUCCAAAUGAGACUCAGCCAGUUCCUCAAAAAAUCAGAGUGGUCAAACUUUCGGGAACGACUGAUCCCGCAAGUGGGUCACCACAGCAAGUUUCCACUUCUGUUAACCCAGUCAAUCAAGGCGUCCAAAGGAGGGUCACCAUGAUGGGACAGCAGGAUCCGGCAGGAGGAGCACAGUCUGUGGUGAAGGGAGGAACAGGAAACCUGCAGCAGAACCGGGUUGUUGUUUCGGGUCGUGGCCGAGGAAGAGGUGUCAGUCAGAGGGGUCGUGGCAGAGGUGUUGCUCCCACACCAAUUCAAACUGUACCAGAGAACAAAGCAGGAGACGUGGCUGUCACAAACGGGCGACGCUCAGUCAGCAUUGAGGGGCUCUCAUCAUCCACAACCGAUAAUCAGCUGAGGGCGCUUUUGAGAUCAGUGGGCCCAAUUGAGAUGUUCAAAAUGAUCCCGCAGCAGAGGAAAGCGAUCGCUACCUUCGUCCAUGCCCAGCAUGCAACAAGUUUCCAGACCAGCUUCCACAGGCACAUGAUUGAUUUGGCCCACAUUGACGUUACGCUGAUUAACUGAUGGAAAGCACCGUGAAGUUUGGAUUCGCCGUGCGAAGGACCUUCCUCUUGUGUUGGCACGCUCUCCCGCCGUCACCGCCACAGAAACGGCGCAUGCCUUCGGACACCCUGAACUCUACGGACCGAACUGCGUCAUGUAGAAGCAUGUAGAAUCUGAUUAUAUAGCUUCUUGAUGUCUCUGGAGAUGCAUUACUAAAAUGAUGUUUUUGUGAAUUAGAUAGAAAGUAACAGGGUAAUGGUUGCUCCCCUCAGUUAGGCUCGAUGCGGCAAUAUGCAAAAUAUUAACUGUAUCAAUAGGUUUUUAAACUUUCCAACACCAGGCGUAGUGCAGCUGGCGAUUUUUCGGUCAGGCGUCCAAUAGAUGGCAGCAUUGCAUCACUGUUGAAAUUCGAUUUCUUGUCAUUUUAGCCAAGACGGUCUUGUGUUAAUUUUUUUGGACAAAUAGCACCACCUAGUGAAGAGGAAUAUUAUUUUACCAUAAUUCCAUAUGACUCAUACGAUUGUUAAUGUUAAGAUCUGCGAAGUACUUUACCUUCAUUGCAAAUGUUCAGUUAGUUGUUCAGAUUAGUUUUGCAAUCUUAACUGUCUUUUAACUGAUAUCAGUUUAGCGUAUUCAAACAUUUACAAUGUAAAGUUCCGUUGCCUGUUUGCCUGCGUUUGUUCAGUUUGUCGCAUGUAAUCUGUCAGAGGUUCAGGGUUGUGUUAUUUAUUUUUUCAUUUUAUGCUUUUAUAAUUACCUGAGGAUUUAUUGAAGGGAUGUGGUUCCACAGUUUUGUACGUAGGUUUCCUAUCAUUUCUUUUGUCUCUUGACCUCGUGGAGAUAUAAAGGUAGAAAUGCAUUACUUGUCCAGCAAAAACUACCUUGAUAUUGAAUAGAUUUCCCAUAAAUUAAGAUCCACUUUUUAUAAAAAAUCACAAGCAGCCAUUCUUUGUCAGUUCUAUGAUAGAUUACAUUCAUUUGUCGCCAAGCAAUUGUUCCAGCCGGGAUGGGGAAGUGCUGACUUGUUUUAAUUUGUAGAUGAGCUGCAGAUGCAUCACAGUGCCCUGAGCGUCACUUAAUGUUUACUCAUGUUUCCCUCCCGGUGUAGAAGUGAUCGGCGAUCAGGGUCGUGCUGCAGUCAGAUGUCCAACUGGUGACAGAACUUCGAGGGGGCAACCAUUGUCCGCGUAGUCAUUUACUUAAUUCUCAUUCUCAAGUCAUAUUCCACCACUGCUGUUAAAAAGAAUUCAAUGUAAAGGUUCUGUUCUCGGGACAUUCAACGAUUUGUAUCUGAUGAGGAGCUUAAGUCAGAAAUGAUUGGACCACUUUUUUUGUUUGAGAAGUUUCAAUACGGAACAGACUUGAGGUAAAACAAACCAACAAAGAAAAAAAAAAUAAAACAUGGCCAAUAUACCGUGAACAAGCGAGUAUGUGAAGCCGGAUGAAGUCAUUUCAUGGUGGUUGUGUGUGAUAUGUUUACGGGUCUGGUGCCUUUUAAUACCUUAUACUCCUCAGUGAAAACUUCCUUAAAAUUAGACUAAGUGCAAAGCACACCAAGCAGAUAAAGGGAAAUGCCACUUGAAAUUAGACUUCAAAAGUAUCUUUCUUGCGAAAAGCCCUUCCUCUGGUGAUGCCAUGGUAAUGCAUCUCAGUUAACGAGAGAAGCUUUACGUUGUACACACGUGUGACUGGUUGUCUGUCCUGGGCUGCACCCACAACUAUGUUUUAUUUGAAGUUUAUUUCACUUAUUUUUGUCUUAAAAGUUGAGGUACCUUUGAAAAUUUGCAAGACCAAACGAAGGGCACACCAGUUCAACAGCACACAUGCACUUGAGUUUUUCUUCCUAAAUGCCACCUUAUGCACAAAAUGAGUUUAUCGCCACUUCUGUCUUCAUUUUCUUUCUCUGUUGGUGUUACCAUUCAAACUAAACCGAACAGUUUGGUUUUGUCAACUGUCCCGUGUGUGGUGCUGCUGCAGUUGUGUCCUCCAACCCUUUGAUCUGUUUGGGUGGAUCUUGUGUUUAAACCUGUCAAUUUAAGUCUUGUCUGUGCAUUAGAAUGACAUCACCUACGCCAACUAUAUCUUCUUACUUAAAUUACUUGUUUUUUAAAACACACAGUGGCAAUUCCCUUCGCAGUCCAAAAAAGAUAGCAAUUUCUCAUCGGUAACCUACUUAUGUGUUCUUGCUAUCAAAGUUGUAUUUUAAUAUUGUGGUCAUGCUCUUAUACAUUUUCACUCCUCUGUGUGCUGAGAGGUUCACGUGAACGGGAGUUAUUUGUCAUUUCAGUGUUGUGUGUUACAUCAGAUUUCUGGUGCUGUGCUGUUAAUCCUGUGGAUUUUUUAAACCGUACUAACAGUGUUAGAUUAAGGCAAGAUGUUAUGAGACAGUUGGUCUUGUAAUUCCAGAACAGGUUCAUAUUGAAUCUCUAUGUAUCUUCUGAGUAAGAGUUUCUCAGGUUCUGCACAUACUAUUGUGUGCCUCUGAGACAGCUGUGUGUUCGAGCCGUGCUUGUGCUUUCGCGAGAUCCUUCUCAUGGCGGUGAUUGUCGACUUUCACAGUGGUGGCUCUGGGAUCGGGUCACACAAGACUAACUCAAUUCUUUCUCAUCAACAGAUAAACAAGGAGGUUCUGCAGUUACACAGGGAUUUUGACUGAAAUAAUUUAUGUUUCUCUCUCUUUUUUCAUGAGCUGACCUCCGGGACCGGACUUUUGUCAAGGGCCCAAGUUAAGAGCUUAAUAUGUAUUUUAUGAGAUUAUAUUUGCUUGAUAUAUUGAUUUUUAAAUGGUUUUUAACUCUUUCCACAGCUUGAAUCAACUGUUUAUAAUAGAUUACAAGAAAACGUUUGGUGUGCAGAAAAGUCAAACUGAGCCAGACAGAAACAUUGUUUAUGAAAGAGGAAAAAAUGCUUCAAGAUAAAUCAAGAUUCAAAAUUGAAUGGUAAUUUAUAAAUGGAAUUGAUCAGAAGUGUUUUUUAUUUUAUUGCGAUAAGUCCUUAGAUAGGGGGAUGAGCUCAGUCAUCCAUGAGAAGUGUGGAGUAGAUCUUUGCUCCUCACCUCCUCUGAGUUGUGCAAAGUAAAUUGAAAUGGUUUUUUAUUUUAUACUACCUCUCUUGUUCCAAGAAACCCACGGCUAUUCGGCCUCCUUGGUGUGGCUUCUUUUGGCGCUGACUAGCAUUGGGUCAGUUGCCACUGAUGCAGCUUUAUGAGCUCUUUAAAAAGAACCUCAUCCAGCUUUUGAUACUGAUACAUUAGUCUACUAUUAUGAUCAGUGAAAUGUAGCAAUAAGCCUACACGAGGUUAUUUGGCCAGCUGGAAACAUGUCUCAAAUAUGCUUCUCUUUUUUUGAUCACCUUUCUCCGUUCAUGGAGUUACUGUCGCGUGAGGUCAUCAGUUGGGUUUCCGUGCCUUCAUUGAUCAUAUGGUGUUGAUGUUUCAGCGUAAAAUGCAAUUCAUGAAACUUCAAUAUAAAUAUUAUUCUUAUUUAAGUUUAUUUUGUUACACAAUUCUUGUGGCGUUGGAGGCUGUUCUGGCUUUUAUGUUUUUUAAAUAUUAGAAGAGUUAUGUUUUAUUUUAGUUUUGCACAAACACAGGAAUGACUCAAAACUUCAUUUGUGCUUCAAUAUUUAAUUCAUUUUAAAGUUGGCUUUUUAAGGUUAUAGGUUAUGUAAUAUUACCUGUCCCCAGACUAAAAGGGAACCAAAUGGCUCUUUUGACUGCAAAGGUUGCCGACCCCUGAACUAGACACAGACAAAAUUGUACAAGGGCAGGUGUAGAAACAGAAGUUCUCUCACAGAUGCUGAACAUCGCACUGCUUUUUGAUGUCAUAGGUUGUGCUCUUCAUGGUCACAAAGCGGUUCUGUCAGUACUUCUAACAUCAUUUUUCCCUCAGAGUGCAGCAGGUGACCAGUUUGUCGUCUCCCCUGUCUAAACAUUUUUCUUCAAAGCUUCUGUCGGACCGGAGAGAGAGAAAAUCACACUUUCUUCUGUCUCUUCACUGAUCAAUUUUUCCCCACCCACCUUUCUUGCUGUUCCCUUUAACUUGUCGCUCUUCUUCUCCACGACGCCGCUGCCGUUGUUGAAUGACGCUCAGACCUGUGUGUUGAGCAUGAUGACGCUCCAAGGUUGUUUUUUGGACGGAGGUUUCCGACUUUUGUGAGGAAUGCAGACUCUUCUGACUCUUUUCGCCAAUGUCAACCAAACAAAAAGACACUGUGUUCGUCUAUCUUCGAAAACUGUUGAAUGCUCAAAGAGAAUUAUUGAUGUGAAGAGUGCAAAGUCUUUUGAACUGUUGACAAAGCUUUUAUACCAAUGUUUGUGUUUAAGAAGUCAGAUAUUGAAUUGUAAUUUGAUCUGAUCUGUUUUAAAAUCUCAACACAAUGCAAAAGUUUAAGUCGACAAAUCAAAUAAAUAAAUAAUGAUAAAAAGUGAUUUUU